AUGUUGCUAUCACGUAUCCGUGCAAUUGCUCUCAGAAACGCUCCUUUGCGCGGGAGUGCUCCUCUGUCGACCAGGGCAACCAAAAUCCUUUCAGCACUUGACAUCCCAACCAACGGAAAGGAAGUUCAUGGUGUAUACGAUGGCACAUGGGGGGGCUCCGGAGAACCCCUGGUCAGCGUAUGUCCCUCUACUGGGGAGACGUUGGCAAAGAUCACAACUGCUACCCCGGCAGAGACCCAACAGGCUAUUGAUCGCGCACACGAUGCGUACGUAUCGAUCCGAAAUAUGCCAGCUCCUCGAAGGGGAGAACUUAUUAGGCAAAUACGGGUGGCUUUGGCCGAGAAGAGGAAUGACCUUGGUGCACUCGUUUCGCUGGAGAUGGGAAAAAUAAGAACCGAAGGGGAAGGGGAAGUGCAGGAAUUUGUGGAUAUUUGCGACUAUGCCGUCGGGCUCUCCCGAAUGAUGAAUGGGCGGGUGGUUGCAUCCGAGCGACCUGGUCACUCAAUUCUAGAAGUGCCCAAUCCUCUAGGUGUGGUUGGUGUAUUGAGCGCCUUUAAUUUCCCUGUCGCGGUUUACGGAUGGAACCUCUCGUUAUCUUUGGCAGCAGGUAACGCUACUUUGUGGAAACCAUCGCCCACCACGCCUCUGUGUGCGGUUGCGACAACCAAAAUCAUUUCACGUGUUUUGGAACAGAAUGGUGUGCACAGCGCCGCAGCAGGACUUGUUUGUGGGGGCAAGGACGUUGGCGAGGCGGUAGUUGGCAGCCCCUCCGUCCAUAUGGUUUCGUUCACAGGAAGCGAGGCGGUUGGAAAGGUAGUAGGCAAAGCAGUCCAGGAUAGAUUCGGAAAGGUCUUAUUAGAAUUGGGAGGCAACAACGCCAGUGUCAUCAUGCCAGACGCGGACUUGGCGCUGGCAAUUCCUGCAGUUCUGUUUGGUGCGGUUGGUACAGCAGGGCAGCGAUGCACAUCCACUCGACGACUCUACGUUCACCGAUCCAUCGCCCCCGAGUUUCUGGAUCGACUACAGCGAGCCUAUGCCAGCGUUACCAACCUCAUUGGUGACCCCUUGGCUGCGGGUACUCUCAUGGGACCUUUGCAUACUCGAACAGCUGUCGGCAUGUUCUCAGACGCUAUCCAAAAACUAAAAUCGACCGGCUCAGAGAUACUUACCGGCGGUCAAAAGCACUCGGUCGGUGGCGAUCUGCAAGGAGGAAACUGGGUCUUGCCCACUUUGGCCAUCCCAAAUAAGCCUCAACCACAUGAGCUUCCAGAGGUGUGGACCAAGGAGACGUUUGCUCCCGUCCUGAACGUUGCCAUCUUCGACGAAAUUGAGCAAGCCAUUGAAUGGAAUAAUGCAGUACCCCAAGGCCUUUCGAGUAGCCUUUGGACUAGGGAUAUGAGGAGUCUUGGAAAGUGGAUUGGGCCAAGUGGAAGUGACGCUGGGAUUGUAAACGUUAAUGUUGGAACCUCAGGCGCCGAAAUUGGUGCCGCGUUUGGAGGCAACAAGAGCACUGGAUGGGGUCGUGAGUCAGGUGGAGAUGCUUGGAAGCAAUACGUCCGAUGGAGUGCUUGUACACUCAACUUCUCAGAUGAAGCACCUCUUGCACAGGGCGUGAACUUUGAUCUGAAAUAA